AUGACAACCACCUUCUUCCAAAACAAAGUCUACGCCAUCACCGGCGUGUCAGGCAUCGGCCUAGCCGUCGCCAAACAGCUCCGCCAGCUUGGAGCAAAGGUCUCCCUGGCAGACAUCGACGAGAAAGCGUUGGCAGACGCAGCGCAGCAACUCAGCAACAUCAACCCCAACAACAGCAACAACGAGGAUGUUAUCCUCACGACAAAACUCGACGUCAGCUCCGCCAGCGCCGUUGACUCCUGGAUCUCCGCCACAGUCGACAAAUUCGGCCGUCUGGACGGCGCGGCCAACAUGGCGGGGGCAAUCGGGAAGCAUCAUGGCGUGCGCGCGCUGGUCGACCAGGACGACGGCGAGUGGGAUCUCAUUUUCCGCGUGAACGUGACGGGGUUGAAGAACUGUUUGCGGGCGGAGCUGCGUGCCAUUUCUGCUGGGGACUGGCAUGAUAACGGCGAGAAUAUCGGGAGUAUCGUCAAUGCCUCGUCGAUUCAGGGCCUGCAGGGUUUUGCGCUGCAUGCUGCUUACUCGGCUAGUAAGCAUGCUGUGACGGGUCUGACGAGGUCGGUUGCAAAGGAGGUUGCGCCGAAGAUUAGGGUUAAUGCUAUUGCGCCCGGCUCAAUCCAAACCCCCCUCCUCGACAAGGCGAAAGACAUCCAGGGCGGAAAACUCGAACUCCCAUGUGCUUACCCCCGCGUCGGGACCGCCGACGAGGUCGCCCAGGCGGUGGUGUAUCUCCUAAGCGACGCAUCGUCGUACACGACGGGGACGAUCCUCAGUGUUGACGGGGGAUGGAACUGUUAG